AAAAAAGAAAAAAAUAAUUUUAAAAUCAUGGAUACUCAACAAUCAGAAGUUAAAUUUUAUAAUUUUUCUGAUAAUAAAAGUAUCGUUUCUCUUAAAAUACCUGAUGACGUGAUUACUAAAUGGUUCGAAGGGAAGAGACGUGAACUCAAACUAUAUAUCAUCCUUGAUAUUUCAGGAUCUAUGGCUGGUUCCGGAUUGACCCAGGCCAAAGCAUCUAUCCUCAAGUUAAUGGAAGGUUUAUUCGAAAGUCAUGUACUUGCUGAAAAGGAUAUUACAUGCUUUUUCUUUCAAUCAACUUGUGAAGUUAAAAAAUUUGCCGAUGAUCCAAAUCUAUUAUGGAGUAAUGGUUCUAUCAAAAAAUAUUUUGAUGAUAUAAACUCUUAUGGAGGAACUGAUUUUAAUCCCGUAUUUGAAAGUAUUAUUAAAGAAGUAAAGGGUAUUGAUUCAGAUUUAGCAAUAAUCUUCUUUACUGAUGGGCAAGGUGGAUAUAGUGACCCUGUCAAAUCACAACUUGAAACCGCGUUGGCUCAAACCGGAUUCUCUACAGAAAUUCACUCAAUUGGGUUUACCGGAAGUCAUGAUGCCAAACUUCUUUCAUGGUUGACAAAACUUGGUACAAAACAAGGAAACUUUCAGUAUGUACAAUCUUCGGGAGAUAUUCAAUCAACAAUGAACACCACGUUAGAAUUAUUGGAAUUAAGUGACCGCACUUUAUAUGUAAAAAUAAGUGAUGAUGAAUUCUUACCUACUGGAUUUGAUGUUCAUGGUCGUGGAAAGUUGGUUCUCACUGAUGAGAACGCUAAUAUUAAAGGUCGAAAAUUUUCAAUUUUCAAAGAUAAAGAAAGUGGAGAAAAUUUUGAUAUUGAAACUGACCCAAUUCAAGUUCAACCCGACGAUCCUUUGGCUACAUUGUUAACGAUUCCAUAUAUCCAAUUUGAAAUUACACGUCUCACAAAUGAAAUAAUUAAUAGUAAUAAGAAUGAUGAGAGUCGACGCCAACGUUUUAAUGAAAUUUCACAGGAAGCAAAUGAUUAUGAUGAAAAAUUAAAUGAUAUUUUACAAGGUGCUUUCAAAUCCAAAUCAAUUACGCGAAGAGAACUUAUUCAACAAUGUAUGGAUGCAAAAAGUACCAUUCUUCAAUUUAAAGAUAUAUUGUCAGAGGCAUUAAAAGGAACUCUGACAAAUCAAAAGAUUGCCGACUUUAAUAAUUUGGCGUAUAAAAACAUAACAAAACAACGAUUAAAGAAAAAACUCGAUGAUCGUGCCAUUAGGAACGUUGAAAAAAUGGAAGAAGUUGAAAAGAAAAUUGAAGAAAUUGUUAGUAAAAUAGACUUUGUUGAAUUGGAGAAUCAAGAAUCAGAGGAUAAUUUGCAAACCUAUACAUGCACAAUUUCGACAGAUAAUUACAUUGAAGUCAUGAAAGAGGGCGAGUGUAUGUGCUUAACUCUUGACGUUGGGCGUUCUGAAGCUGCUAUAGCGGAUCCAUCUCAAAUCUCAAUCAAAAAAAUAAACCAAACAUUAAUGAGUUCAGGAGCUUUCUUAAAUUCGGUCACUUUCGCGUUGAAUGAUAAAUCUAGUGUUGAAUCAGUUCAUGGUGGAUUCCAAAAAGAAUCAAUUUCUGCUAGUAUUUUUAAAGGGUUAGCUCGCGAAAACAUAACAGGAAUUCUUCCAUUAUACAUUAAUGAAAAACAUUGGUCAAUAGCUCGUGAAAAAAUUAAGCCUAUAAUGGGAUAUUUGGUUACUCUUGAUAUAUUCGGUUAUGCUUAUAGUCAAAUCUCCACUGUUCCUUAUUUGGUAUUGUCUAGAGCACUUGGCGACACAUCAUCGGAGUUUAAGAGACGUCAGGCAAAAUGGAUCUUGGAAACGUGUGACGCGAUUUACAAACAAUCCAGCGCCCUUCGUGAGGAUAAUAAGAAACUCUUUAAAAAUUACAUAGAGAAUCCAGCAAAUCGUACAAUUGAACAUGUUCCGAAUAAUUUAGUAUUUCUUGGUCAUUUAUUGUGUGCUUUAAGAUGUGGAGAUGUUAGUGCACAAGAUGUACAAAGAUGGUUACAAGGAGAUCUAUUAAAAUCUUUGAUCGAAGAAACCAUUCGUAGAAGGUUAAACAAAUGGCAAGAUAUCGAAGAAAGUAUGGAAGAUAUCGCCAAGGUUUUAGGUGUUAAUCAAAAGGUUUAUAUAAAUGAACCCGUUGAGGAAUUUGAAAAAAGUUAUACUGAAUAUUUUAAGGCUUUAGCAUCAGAUAAUAAUACAAACAUUCAUUACACGGCUGCAUUUGAAAAAGCUCUUUCUGAUUCAGGUAUCAAAGUUGAAACUAAUAAGGAAGAACCAACGAAUAAAGAUAUGAAAGAUGUGCCUGAAUUACCAACGGUCAAACAAACAUUUUAUGAUUCUAAUACAUAUCAAAUUUCAGAUUAUGCGUUAACUAUAAUCGCCAAAAUUAAAAAGGCUGUCAAUUUAUUCGUAGAGAUUAUUUUGCGAUAUAACAAAAUUUUAGAAUCAACACUUGCAAAUCCAAAUGUAUCAUUAGAUAAUUCAGAAUUUAUAUUCAUAGAAGGACAAACACCCCUUGCCGAUGCUUUCUUUGAUACAUAUAGCUCUAAAGUUAUCCUAGCAACUUUCUUACAGUCAUUCUUACAUCGACAAAAUUCAGUUAGGCGUGAAGCCGUUGAAGCUGAUCCACCUAAAUAUUAUGAACCGUUCUCAGAAGACACUGCAGAUAAACUACUUUCUACUCAAUUUGAUGAAUAUGUUUCUAGUAAUUUGAAAAGGAAAACCAAUGAUAUAAUAAGCACUUUUACGCAAGGAAAAAAUAGUGCUAUUGGUCUUAAAUUCUGGCAGGUUGAUAAAAUUGAGGAAGCAGCUGGUCUUUUGUUAGUGGAUGUAAAAUUUAGAGGGUCUAGUGUAUAUGGACAAAUACUUAAAGCAUUGCAAAAAACAGGUAUGUCCUUAGCCAAAGAAAAAAUCGAAAUGGUAAUUUCAGGAAAAUGGCAAGGCGUUACUUUGUUUGUAGAUAAACCAACGAACCCAGAUGAUCCUGAAAAACUCGCAAGAUUUGUUGACAAUGAACAUUGGUUCCCGAGUCGACAAAAAGUAUACCGAACGUUGAAAGCGCACAGAUCAGUUAUUCCAGAAAUUGAUUACUGGAUUCGAGUGAUGCCUCCAUUUAAAGAAUAUAUUGAACAUCAAUUUGAUGAAGAAUAUCUUAAUGCAAGGAGAUUAGCAAGUAUUGAAGAAAGAAAGAGUCAACGUAUUAAGAGGAAAUAAGUAAUCUAAUAGUAAUAUAUUGAGAUUUUAAAAGUUAAAGUAGCUAGCAUCUUAGAAGUGCAAAUAUAUGUAACAAUAAUAACAAAAAAAACUCAUUUAUAUAUAAAUAAGUAAAAAAUUCUGUAAUUGCAAAAAUUAUCUUAAAUUUGUACUAUAUAUACUGU